GAAGUCAGACUCUCCUAUGCAGAGUUUUGCAAAAAGCGACCCUUUUGGAUUGUUAAACCAACGAUCAAAGACAGAGACACAUGUCUGUGUAAGCUACACUCAAACAUACAGUUCAUGGCAAACAAACUGUUCUUUCACAAAGUCAUUAAAACGUCCAAAGUCACCGAUCUCAUGUAUUCAGUUACAUGCAAAAAUGUGACAAAAGAAUGCAUGUACAGGGAGUGUCUGGAUUGUAAAGAUCAUGAACUCCAAACCUCUGCCUUCGAUGCUGGGGAGCAAACCUGGUGGUUUGAAUGGAGAAGCUCUGUGGAGGACAGAGAAAAAAAGAAAAAAGACGGCUCCAAAGAAAUGAUUAAAGUUCACCACACAACGAAGGAAAAAGUAUAUGGGACUUUGAAGACACUUUUGGAUGACUUUUCUGACUAACUGAAAAAAAAGAUGGGAAAGCACAUUCACAACAUAAAACACCAAUAUCUGUCUUUGAGAGCACUAAAAGAAAAGAUUGACGAAGACAGUAUUGUUCUACAAAUUGACUUCGCAGAAAAUUACAUGUGCAAAUUUUCCAAUGAAAUCCAAGCGGUCCAUUUUGGCGAUUCCCACCAGCCGGUAAGCCUCCAUACUGGUGUGGCUCACACGAAGAAUGGUGUUGUGUCUGUUUGCACCAUUAGUUCCUCAAUGCGCCAUGACCCAUCUGCAAUCUGGGCUCACCUCAAAAAAGUGCUUCCCUACCUCAAACAACAAAACACAGCUGCAACCACCCUGCAUGUCAUAAGUGAUGGCCCAACCACUCAGUAUAGGUCAAAAAAGAACUUUUUUUUCCUGAGCAAAGUACCAUAUGAGCUAGGAUUCAAAAAGGUGACCUGGAAUUUUCUGGAGGCCGGACAUGGGAAGGGCCCAGCUGAUGGAAUUGGUGCGGCUGUUAAGCGCCAAGCAGACUCGCUUGUGGCCAAGGGCAUUGACCUUCCAACUGGAAAAGUAUUGUAUGAACAACUGCUUAACCAGCCAUCAACUGUCAAGUUAAUGUACAUCACUGAGGGGGAAAUUGAAGAGAUGGAUAGUCUCCUUCCUGAUGACCUGCUGACCAUCAAAGGAACCAUGCAGAUACAUCAGAUUGUCUCUACAAGACCGGAGGAGAUUUCUUGGCGAGUUCUCAGCUGCUUUUGUGCAGAUCCCCAUCCUUGCCAGUGUUUUGGUCUCAAAAAAGUCAACAUACUGGGAGCACAGAACAUGGAGACUGCAUUGGGAUCACCAAGUUCAAGCACACUUACCAGCACAUCUCAACCCAUCAUAGACCUGCAUGAGGGACUGAUUGGAAGUUGGUGUGUGGUACGGUAUGAUGGGGAUCCUUACCCUGGCAUUAUACAGGAUGUGGACCCUGAGGGUUGUGCUCUGGUGAGAACCAUGAGUCAUAUUGGCAAAAACAAGUUCUUCUGGCCUAUGAGAGACGAUGUUAUUUGGUACCGGCCAGAAGAUGUGAUCAGGCUGGUCCCAGAGCCUCAACCAGUAACAAAGAGGCAUGUGAUGGUGGAGCCAACAGUUUGGAAAGAAAUAUGCUCUGUUCUUGACCAUGAAACAUAACUGAACCUCUGGCCCAUAUGCAAGUUUGACAGAUACAGUAUUUAGCAAAUACAAUGUCUAUUUAGUCAGAUUCAACUUGUUAUUCCACAUGAUUACGUUUGACAGUACAUGGAUUUACAAUAUAACACACAUGACAGUAAUGUUUAAGUACAGAGUGUUUGCUCUGGUUCAGCAUAGGCAUAUAAGUUUUCAAUUUCAAAAUAUAUUGCCUAUUUUAUCUGUUAUUCAACUGGUUAUAUUAAGGUUAUGUUAAGGUAAUGAUGACAUAAAGGGUUUGCUCUAGUUUGUACUAGUUUGCUCUAGUUCAGCAUGUAGAAAACAGUGAAGAAAUGAUUUGCUGAUUUUUAACACAAAUUCAUGUUUUUUCAUUUUUUGGAUUGUUUUUAAUUUAAAAAUAUUGGUGAUAUGUUUUGUUCACAAAUGCUGUUGCUUAUUGAUUUGCUCUGGUUCACCACAUAGAGCAGUAGAAAAAUUGUUUUUAAUUGGAAGUUGCCUAUCUGUCAUUUCCGCCACACACUGUCUCUUCCGCCACGCCAUGUCAUUUCCACCACAACACAUAUUUUAAAGUAAAACAUAUAAAAAACAUACAAUCAAACCAACUAUAUUCAGUGGUGUUGAUAAUUGUGCAGUUAGGGCUAAGAUUUGUGUAUACACUUUGAGAAAUAUAUGAUUUUGAGCUAUGAUAAGAAAAUGAAAUGUUCCAUUGACCUAGUUUUAGGUGUUUUUUAGUGUAAACAUUGUAAAAUCUUUACAGUUACAUUUCUGAAAAAAAUAAUAAAUUACAAAUUUGAACAGA